AUGAUGAAGAGACAAAGAGAAAAUGAAGUAGAAAAAGAGAGCAUAGAUUUAGCAACAAGUCUAAUGUUACUCUCUUCUCAUCGUAUCCAACAACACGAAAACAACAAAACAUAUUCUCAAAUUGAGUUUGAGUGCAAAACAUGCAAUCGCAAGUUCUCAUCUUUUCAAGCACUUGGUGGUCAUAGGACAAGUCACAAGAAACUCAAACGUGAAGGAGAACAAACCCUCAAAGGAAAUAAUCAUGUUAAUAAGCAACCUAAAAUGCAUAAGUGUUCAAUUUGUGGACAAGAAUUUAAGUUGGGACAAGCUUUGGGUGGACAUAUGAGAAGACAUAGAAAUAAUAAUGAAGGGUUUUCUUCAUCUUCUAUGAAUUAUCAAGUGAUUUCAAAAUCUCAUCCAGUUUUGAAAAGAUCAAAUAGUAAAAGGGUUAUGUGUUUAGAAUUGGACUUGAAUUUGACACCUUUAGAAAAUGACUUGAAGUUCUUGUUUGGAAAUAAGGCGCCUCAAGUAGAUCACUCUUUAUUUUGA